AUGGACUCUAGGGACAACCGCACAGAGGGCAGAUGUUUCCCCUCAAAAUACGUUAUGCGACCGGUGUGCACAUCAGUUGAGGGGCGCGCGCCACGCCACGACCGACAUGUACCGCGACACGAGAAGUGUCGCGGGGCGGGCGGGUCGCGGGGCGGGGAGGUGCAUCGGGGGUCGCGGGUGGCAGGGGUGGCAGGGGUGUGCGGUGGCAGCGGCGGCGGCGGCGGUGGCAGUCGUGGCGUGGGUGGCGAGCGGUCGCCGCGGCGGCGUGGGUGGCGAUUACGCGGCGGGCCACUCCUUGCUAAAGUCCUGCGCGGCGAAGUGUUUGGGCGCGUGGUGCGGCACCGCGUGCACACCUGGCGGCUGCGCGCCGCCCGCGGCGCCGUGGUACUCGCCGCCGUACGCCCGCGACCCGCCGUACGACGAGCCCUACCACCCGGGCGCACACGUUACGACCGCGCCCGCAGCGCCGCGCGCCCCGGCACGCGAGCCGAGUGGGCCACGGCGCCCGUUUCAAUGAGGAACGUUCGCGGCGAGCGACGCUUUCGUAAUUGGAACGCGGGCGUCUCGCGUGCCGGGGGUGUCCCGCGACGGUGCGGGGCCGCGCGGCGAGCGCCCGGCCGGAGCCUCGCCGGGGCCGCGUUACGGGGCAUGUACGUGAAGGGUGACGUCACGCGGCAACGCGGCCCCCGCCAUCGGAGGUGGGUGGCGUGCGAGCGCGAGAGGCCGAGGCGCCGGCUCCGGUGCGCCCGCGCGCGCCUCAUGAGGGAUCGAAAUGAGGCCACAGCUUUUGUUAGGUCAAUC